GAAAUGACCUAGAUAAUACCCAUCUAGCUGCAGACACCCUGGUGAGGAAAAUCCAGAGUUAUGUAAAUUACUUGGUUCUGGGAUGUGGAGUGCGGCAUGUCGUUAUCGGCCAAAUUCUGCGGCGCAACAGGAGGGGCGAUUACAACUCCCGGGUCGUCGAAGCUAAUUGCCGUCUACAGAACUGGGCAUCCUCCCUCGACAAUAUCACCUUUCACCAUCACCAUGGUUUCUGGAAGGACUUAUCAUUCCUAAGUACAGAUGGCGUACACAUCAGGUGUUCCCGCAUCGACAGCAGCCAGAUGAGGAAAUACCUUCAAAGCGUAAAGAGGGCCGUCUUGCGAGCUUCUCGCUCCAUUUGCUAUGCCACCCAAGAAAAUGCAAGUUUCUGGUACGAGUGGGGAGAAUCCUAAAAGACAGCGUUAACAAAGGUCACCUGAUGUCGAAUCGCUGCCACAAAUUGACUAUGACAGACUGGCAGAGGCUAUCCUAAAGAAACAAGGCCAAGUGACCGAAUCAGACAAUGGAGGACUUCCGGUAUCCCCUGGGCCCAGUAAGGAUGCGGACACACCACUACAAGUGCCUUCAGCAUGUUCAGGGAAUAAUUUGCCUGACAUGGCCAACACAACAGUGAAAACAAACAAUGUUUCAGGUGCAGCCCAACAAACUAGUUUCCUCCUAACUUUGGAUAAAAUUUUUGGGGGUGAGUCUUUUGUAAGUAGUUCAGUAAAUGAUCUAAAUGUUACACCACUGCAGUUAUCAGGGGGUAUACCAUUAGGGACAACUAUUCCCUUGCGUGUAAAGCAAAAAAUUUGGGCUAACCAGUAUAUUGACUUAAGGGUGUUAUUGCCUGAACACAAACAGGAAACCGUUUCUGUACAGAUUGAUCAAGGAUCAAUCAAAUUAAAGUCCAAACAGUCAGGGAAACCCCCAUUGUCCAUUUAUCAAUGGACAAAUGCCUUCAUAACUUUCAUGUCAAUUUAUCUUGAGUCAAAUUCACAGUCAGCCUCAAAUUUGCUUAAGUACAUGUCAACAGUCCGUCUUCUCCAUGCCUCCAAUGGUGAUUCAGCCUGGAGGUUAUAUGAUGAGCAGUUUAGGGAGUUGCGUGAGGUGUCAGACCUGCCUUGGCAACAACCCCUUAAUGAGUUAAUCAUAAGAGUAACAACAAUGUCAAAAUCACACAAUUAAACAUUUCCACGCAACAGAACAUCAAACAAUCAGCCCUUUCGUGGACCAAUCAGGUUUUGCUACACUUACAACAAUGGACAACAGUGUACAUCAACAAAUUGCCCAUACAGACACAUAUGCUCAGUGUGCAAAGAAACACAUCCCCGAAUUCAGUGUACAAAGCAAAAAUCAGACACUCAAAAUGCAACCAAUUUUCGAUCUCAACGCCAAUCAGGAAAAUCUAAAACUACCAACCCCAGUACAAGCACAUCAUCUUGAGCAUUACCUACAAGGUUAUAACCCCUUUCUUUCUCAUUACUUAGUUCAAGGUUUUAAGUUUGGUUUUAGUUUAGGAUGUUCAGCAUAUCCGAAGCCACGUCUCUGUCGUAAUCAUUCAUCCACCACUCAACAUGCUGACUAUGUUCUAGAUAAAAUUCAAAAUGAAGUAGACUUGGGAAGAAUAGCUGGUCCAUACCCUUCCCCACCUUUUCAAACCUUUGUGUGUUCCCCUUUGGGUGUAGUACCCAAGAGUACACCUGGCAAAUACAGACUUAUACAUGACCUCUCAUUCCCAUCAGCUGAUUCUGUAAAUUCCUACAUCUCAGAAGAGCAUUCAAAGAUCAAAUACGAUACAAUUGAUACAAUCAUUUCUCUUGUUUUGAAAUUUGGAAAAGGGUCACUGAUGGCCAAAUCUGAUAUCGAAGAUGCUUUCCGCAUUAUUCCUUUACACCCAGAUAGUUAUCACGCUUUAGGGUUAACAUGGGCUGGUCAGUACUAUUUUGAUAAGUGUCUUCCCAUGGGGGCAAGCAGUUCUUGCAAAAUUUUUGAAUCAUUCAGUACUGCCCUUCAGUGGAUUAUGAUGUCAAAAUAUAAGGUACAGGGUAUGUCUCACAUGAUAGAUGACUUCUUUAUUAUUGGGCCUGAUAAUUCCAGUAAGUGUCUACAUGAUCUUGAGAAUUUUCUAAUUCUCUGUUCCACUUUAGGUGUGCCCAUCAAAAAAGACAAAACUGUCCUACCUUGUAAGGUUAUCACCAUUUAUGGCCUCGAAAUAGAUUCAGAAGCAAUGGAAUGUAGAUUACCAUCUGACAAACUUGACAAGUUAAGAACUAUGUUAGAAAAUUUUUCUCAUAGGAAAAAGGUGACUGUAAAAGAAUUGCAGUCCGUGUUAGGUUCCUUGAGUUUUGCUUCUUCUGUCAUAUGCCCAGGUCGAGCUUUCCUGCGCCGUUUAUUUGAUCUCUUAUGUGGGCCUCAGAAGCCAUCUUAUUACAAAAUAAGACUCAAUAAAGAAGCACGCGCAGACUUGCAUGCAUGGUCUAUCUUUAUCAACAAUUUUAAUGGAAAAUGCAUCAUAAGUAAUAGCCAACAUAUUUCCUCUGAUAGUUUGCGCAUGUAUACAGAUGCAUCAGGGGUGAUUGGUUUUGCUGGGGUAUUUGGAGCAAACUGGUUUGCUGGUAGAUGGCCAGCUAAAUGCAUGGACUAUCAUAUUACUGAAAAGGAACUUUUCCCUAUAGUGUUAGCUCUUGAAAUUUGGGGUAGUACUUUAAAAAACAAAAAUGUGCUGUUCCUAACAGAUAAUGAGGCAGUGUCUUAUAUCAUUAAUCAUCAGUCCUCUAAAGACCAAACAAUUAUGCGCUUGGUGCGACGCUUAGUUCUUACUUGUUUACAGUUCAAUAUAAGAUUUGAAUCAGAACAUCUUCCGGGGAAGCAAAACAUCAUUGCUGAUGGUUUGUCUCGCUUUCAAUUUCAGAAAGUCUUCCAAAGGGCCCCCUGGUUAGAGAGAACACCAACACCAGUGCCCCCAGAAUUGAUGACCAUUUAA